GUAGUAGCACGACGCAGGCUUUUGUUCCAGGCACUGCACGAAACGUUGUCUGUUUUUUUAUUUUUCUUCUUCUUAGGGAAGUGUUAUCGAUGAAUGUGGUGAGUUAAUUUUGUGUUCGUGUGGGAGUGUGUUUGCGUUUAAUGGGACUUUGAGUUUUACCGGGUGAUUAUGUUGGGAAGGAAGUGUGUAUUGUUGUGCGCUGUGUGUGUGUGAAUUCAGGAACUUAGGAAGUUGAGGGUUAAUUUUCUUUGAUGUGAAAGAAAAUGCACCCAACUGAUAUUUCUGUAGGUCACAUUGAAUGCAGCAGCAGCACAGCUUUUGUAACGCUAGUGAAUAAAAAAAAAUCAUUGCCAAAACUUAAAAUAAAAAAAACAAAAUACAGCAGUGCGUAUGGACGAUAUCACUCGCCGCCGACGAUGUCACUCGCCGCCGACGAUGUCACUCGCCCCCGAUGUUAGCCGAGCCGGGCUAUGAGCGGUGAUUGCUCCGUGGUGCUGCUGUUGCUUGUCACAUUUGCCCAUCCAAAGUUGAAUUCCUGAACACAUUGUGUUGCCGCCGAUUGGAAGCACCUAUUGUCUAUUUUAUAUUCCUAAUCACAAGAUGCGGCGUAUCUAUGGGGUUUGUUUUACAGAGGUGAUAUUAUUCCACGUGCUCAUAAGUUACCGCCCUUUCUCAGCAUUUAACCCAGACAGUAAAAAUGCAUUAUGUAAAAAAACGACCAUAAUGUAGGUCAACCCACAUGUUUAAACCGCUCUUCUGUAAUAACGACGACGAACUAAGAUGACUGUCCCCGUGAACUUCACUCGUGGAUUCCACACCCAUGCCGUAGGGCACGGUGCACCAGACUGACAGUCGUCCCGUCCGGAUUGUGCUCACCCAUCACCGGAUUGUGCUCACCCAUCACCGGAUUGUGCUCACCCAUCACCGGAUUGUGCUCACCCAUCACCGGAUUGUGCUCACCCAUCACCGGAUUGUGCUCACCCAUCACCGAAUUGUGCUCACCCAUCACCGGAUUGUGCUCACCUAUCACCGGAUUGUGCUCACCCAUCACCGGAUUGUGCUCACCCAUCACCGGAUUGUGCUCACCCAUCACCGGAUUGUGUUCACCCAUCACCGGAUUGUGCUCACCCAUCACCGGAUUGUGCUCACCCAUCACCGGAUUGUGUUCACCCAUCACCGGAUUGUGCUCACCCAUCACCGGAUUGUGCUCACCCAUCACCGCACUGUUCGACUCUGCCCUCCCACUCGCCGCCUCCCUGACCAGCUGUGCGAGCCAUGGAGUGUGUAGUCGGUGCAUCUGCGCCGGGCGUUCAGGAAGCCAGAGGAGGAACCUCCGGGGUAUUGGAUUACCGACGUGGAUGACUAACAAGUGGAGAUUCAGGUUUUGUGUUUCAAUGGAUUCCUGCUGUGUGUGUGUGUUUACGUGACAGAGGAACGCGAUGACCCUGCGCUGGAUGUCGCUGCUUCUGCUGCAGCUGCUGCUGAACCUUGCGGCAAUGGGAACGCACGCUGAUGUUCCUCUGUCGCGAGAGCCCAAAACGCGAGCCCAAACAAUGCCGAUCUUCUACAAGUUCACGGUCACGGAGAAUGAGAAUGUUGGGCAAAGCGAAUUGAUCUGCACGUGUUUUUCAUUCCUGGGAUUUCAGGAUGGAAUCAACAGAAUUGAUUCUAAUACUAAUCUACCUUUCCGCCAUGACUAUGACCCUAGCAGAAACCUGACCCUCAAAGUGCUCUGCACGGAUGCGGUGGAAUGUUUCAGCGACGAUUAUGAAGACGACUAUGAGGCUCCCAGUGUGCUGUGGAAUGAAACGCUUGAAAUCAGGGUCAAAGGGGAAGAGAACACAAAUGUUGUUGGCUUCGACUGCAAGUACACCAGGAAGAAUGUCAACUGCUCGUGGUCGCGUGGUCACCUGGCUCCGGCCGACACCGUCUACAAGAUGUUCUAUCACUACAAAGACAUCGAGGUGCAAGAGUGCCCGACCUACAUUGUCAAGUCCGGCCUGAGAGUCGGCUGCUACUUCACUCCCGACGAAAAGGCGCGCUCGGUGGAGCACCACUUUUACGUGAACGGCACGAGCAGCAGCAGCAGCAGCAGCAGCGUCGCCAUCAGACCAUUCUACCUCAAGGCGUUCCCCGCCUCGCUGUGUUUCACGGAAACCCCCACUAACCUCCACGCCUCCAGCGACGAUGACACGAGCAUCAACAUCACCUGGACGAGCGACUGCCGCAAAAAAUGCUUAUCGUUGGUUUCCAUCACGGAGAACGUCAGCGGCAAGAGAGAGAUACUGGAGGUGAGGCACGGCGCUGAUGCGCUCGUCGAUCUGCUGUACAGCGUGAAACGGAAUCUCUCCAUCAAGGUGCGGACGCAGUUCGUCGACGAAGAUGGUUGCCAGUGGAGCGCGUGGAGUGAAUCGCUCACCCUGGAACCACGUGACCCGAUGCCAGCGACUGGCAAGGAAGCAGAUACAUGGAUUAUGUGGCUGGCUCUGUUUAUGGGAUUAAUGCUGCUUUUGCUCGGAGUGGUGAUACUGAUCCUUGUUGUUGGGAGAAGGUGUAAGUCUGUGUUGUGGCCAAAAGUAUCAGAUCCGUCCGUAAUAUUCGAAGAACUUUACACAAAGCACCAAGGGAACUUUGAGAGAUGGGCUGGAGCCCCCGUGGUGUCGAGCAAGGAGGUGGACUUGACCCAGGACAUAAAGUUCAGCCCGGUGGAGCCCGAGAGUGAGGUGACCAAGCUGGGACAACCAGGCCAAUAAUGGGGCCUCUGCCUUCACACCAAUGCAAUGGCUGCAUUUAAGUCCUCCUGCUCCGUGUGUGUGUGUGCGCGCGUUGUACACGCACGUACACAGUGGGCAUGUGUUUCCUUGCAAGUGGUAUUAAUAUCGAUUUAAAGCUUUCGUGACUGCAAUGAUUCAUCUUCUUUGGUUCUUUCGGUAAAGUCACGUAGAAUGAG